AGUCGCAGUCGAUUUGUCAUGUCUGCUACUCUGACUUCGGUGUGACCGUGAGAAUUUGGACGCAUGCUGUCUUAAUUUAGUAAUUUGGAUAUAUAGCUUUGUACAUCUCUACCAAACCAUGAGCCUUCUAAGCAUUUUACAUUUUCUAAGGCGGUCUUUGCAACGAGCUGGAUCCACGCUGACAGACAUUGCAGGCUUGGACAGACAUUUGGCACCAGCUUUGGCAGUACAUGGUCCAAGUGUUCUACCCCAGCCUGUACAAGAUGGGAGUUCAGCACCCAGUUUCCUGGACAGCAUAUUUUGGAUGGCUGUUCCAAAAAAGCGACGCACAGUUGAGAUCAAUCGCACAAGAAGAAGAGAUCCAACUAAAGGCAUGGAAGUCAAGACCAACAUUGAGUCAUGUCAAGAGUGUGGCAACUUAAAGCAGAAGUACACCUUGUGUGGGUACUGCUAUGCCAAGGUGCGCAGAGAGACCGGAGAGAUUCGCAAACAGAUAUUUGCCAUGGAGGGCAAGCCCCUGGACACUCCAGCUGUAGACACUGUGGUCCUGUAUGAUGGAGAGACUCCAGGAGAGGCUGACAAGGACAAGAGGAUAGUGGAGCGGCAAAGAAAACGACCCUCCUGGUUUAACCUCGGCUAAGCCAGGGUUGGUUUUGCCUUGUUUAUUUUGUUAUUUGUCUGACUGUGUGAGAUCACUGUGUUGCGUGCAUUUGCAAUAAAUUAUCUGUGUAUAUAGAGAAGACCUUA